AUGUCUUCCUGGCUCUAUCUUGACGAUUAUCCGUUUAAUACCGACCAUAGUAAUGGGUCUGGUCCGUUAUCUGGUUCUUCUUUUGACACCUCGGGUAUGUGGUUUGAUAACAAUAAUAACAAUAGUGGCUCCAAUUCGAUAAAUUAUAAAGACUAUCCUACUGCUCUGUUGUCAAACCCUACUAAUUUCAGCGAUAUAGGUGGUUUUGACGAUUUCUUGUUUGAAGGUAAUAAUAAUCAUCAAAAUGUAUCGGGAUCCCAUCAUACCGCCGCCCCAGCUUCUACCUCGUCAUCUUCGUCACCUGUUCUGCCUCAAACUCCUACUGAUAUGAUGAUUUCAACCUCAAAUCAUGGUCCUUACCUUGGUGAGGUCAACGAUUUUUCCGAUUCAGUUUCUUCCACUUUGGCUGGUGUGAGCGAUAUCGGUGCCUCAUACGAUCAUACCUAUUCGAACACUUAUACCAAUACCUCUUCUAACAUUGCGAGCUCUUCAAAUUCCUCCACAUCUUCGAAUGCGACUAUAAGUGCCUCAACAUCUGGAUCCUUUUCACAAGAUGGUUAUAAGCAGCCCAAUGUCUCAUUUUCAACUACAACCAACUACACGAAUGACCCCAGUCGUUUACAGUAUUCUCCUUCUCUAACCGAUUCGCAAAUGAACUCGUUUUCUUCUUUUUCUAUGGACUUUUCUGAAUUCAAGGCUCCUCUUGUGUCAUCAGUAAUACCCUCUGUUACAGACGAUCUCACAACCAACACUCUUCCUAUACUCCCCCCUAGUCCGAAGAGUAGUGUUAGUCCUACUUCGGCCGAUACACCAAAGUCAAAAAGGAGGUUAUCGAAUACUAGAAAGGUCGGCGAAUCUGUCCAGUUUAGUUCUAGUACCAAUAGUACAGCCAGUCCUAUCACUGUGUCAUCUUCAUCUGCCGCUUCUAGCGCUCUAUCAGGAGCUAAUCCUCCUCGUACUGGUCGCAAGCAUUCCGAAAGUAGGAUGUCUCUCCCCGAGCUUUACAAUUUGAUGGGCUUGGGACACAAUCCUACUGAAGCCCGUACGAGAGAGAAACGGGUUCUCGAUUUGCUUCAGAAAGAAGGGUUUCUACUUGGCCAGCGAACCUGGAUUCGUGAUACUGAGCAAGCUGAACGCCAGAGAAUUAUCGACAAUAUUUAUGCUAUCACUAACAAGGACUAUCAUUACACAAAAGACCUCAUUGAACUGAUUAUUCGUCGUGGCACCUACUACGUGAUGCAAGGCAGAUUACGAAGAAUCCGUCGCAACAAGCGAGCCCAAGAGCUCUCAAAUAACGACCCAGACGAUACUACUGAGAACGAUAUGAACUUAUAG